ACUCUUGAACGCUGGCCUUUAGUGUGUAGACUAACACACGUACUCCCACCAUGUGGCGCAUCAGCUUAAAGAUCCUCAGGAUCCUAACAAAGUUCAGCACACGCAGGAAGCCCAGGGCAUUCCCACCCAGCCCCACAUCCAGGAAGAAGGGCAGGAUGGCCACAAAGUCAAUGAUGUUUAGUAUGUUCUUCACAAACACCAGUAUGUUGGAGCAGCAGGUAAAACGGACCAGGAACUCAAAUAUGAACCACACCACACAGACGCCCUCCACCACAGUCAGAGUAGGUUCGGUCACUAUCUCAUAGUACGUCACCUCUUCUGUGUGGUUCCCAUUAUUGACCAGCUCUGUGCAUUGCUCUAACGUGUGGAAGCUCUCAUGUGUCUCCAGACAGAAAGCUGUGAUGGAAAGGAGGACGAAGAAGAGGGAAACAAACGCAAUGACCUGCAAAUGACAAGAAGGGUUAUCAUAUGACUCUGAGUGGAUCAUCUCAUAAUGAUUAAACAUGUGGAAGUACGUCUCCCGUUGUCUCAUCGUUCUCAUUAUGGCUACUGUCAUUGAGAUGGCCAUCAGCCCGCCAGGGUACAAUGCAUGGGUGGAGGAACUGGCUCAGGAGCGUUUCCAGAGCUACCCUCCCUGGGCAUUGGCCAUGUGCUUCUCCCUCAUCGUGAUGGCCAUGCUUCCUCUCCCCAUCGUCUUCAUCGCCCGCCACUUCAACCUGAUGUCUGAUGGCUCCAACAAGUUGUCCGUCUCCUACCGCAAGAGCAUGAUGAAGGACAUCUCCAACCUGGAGAAGGUGGACGAGAUGCACUUCAUCCUGGGCAAGAACCCAACAGAGACACCUUUGCCCAAGCCCCCGUCCCAAGCCAACCUAGUCCCCCCAGGCACCAAACCCCUGGAGAACUCCAACUCCUCGUCCGCCAACAGCUGCUACCGGACGGGCUACCAGAACAACAUCGGCCCCAUAACCCCCACCACCCCCGUCACCCCCACUGUCCCUGAGUCCGACUCAUGAUCACUCUCUCCUCUUCAUGUUCCUGCCCCUAAACCCCUAACGAUCACCCUCCUACAGGCCAACUCACAUUUAACCCUACAGAGUCUCACCACCAGAGGGACCUGCAGCGCUGCCCAAAACACCUCCACCCUCACGCUAUGAGUGACCCUAGUCACAGGACACCCCUCUCCCCCUCUCCAACAGACCCAGAUGUUAGAGUUUACCGCAGCAGGGGCUGCUUUGACAAGGAACCACAUGGUCAGGUGUCUGAGAUAUUACAGGUGUGUAUCUAUCCCUAAUGGAGUGUAUUCAGUGCUGGACACGCAGUAUGUUCUGGUCUAGAGGCCAGGCAACAGUAUUCUUAUUCUGCUCUGCUCUGCUUAUUGCAGACACAGUUUAGGGGAAUGUAGAGAAAAUCAUAUUUACGUUGGCAUUAAGUGAAACUGAAUGUGAGUAUCUAUACAGUGCAUUCGGAAAGAAUUCAGACUUUUUCCACAUUUUAAGUUACAGCCUUAUUCAAAGGUCCUCAUCACUCUAUGCACAAUACCCCAUAAUGACA